AUGCAACAACAACCUACAGGAAUGGGUAUGGGAAUGGGGAUGGGAAUGUUACCUCAACGGACCGGUUUCCCGUCCAUGCAACAACAACCCCAGCCUCAACAACCUCAGCAGCAGCAACAACGUCCUACCCCUACUCCUAACGCAGGAGGUGGAGGUGGUGGUUAUUCAUUCCUAUCCGCUCCUCCUUCUUCCUCGCAAUUCAACCCGUCCGGAUUAUCUUCCCAGCCAACCGGAUUUUCCAGCUCUGGUAUGGGUAUGGGCAUGCAACCUCAACAGACCGGCUUUCAAUCGAGGUUAUCUUCCCAACCCACCGGGUACGGGGGUAUGGGCGGAGGAGGUGGAUUACAAUCACAGCCCACCGGAUACGGCGGUAUGGGAGGAGGUGGAUUGGGAGGUGGAUUGCAAGCUCAGCCGACGGGGAUGCCGCAUGAUCCUAGGUUACAGAUGAUGGCUGCUAGUUUUAUGCCUUCGAACAUCAGCUCGCCCUUCACAUCAACCGGCCACCCCUCCUUCGCCUCUCCCCUCUCCCAACCCCUUCCUCAGACCUUCCAAUCCCUCCUCUCAAACCCCUCUAUUACAACCCCCAAAGUCCCCUGGACGCUGAGCCGUCAAGAGAAAAAGGACUACGACCAGAUCUUCCGCGCGUGGACGGGUGGGGAGGGGGGAGGGUAUAUCGAGGGGAGCAUGGCUGGGGAGGUAUUCGGGCAGUCGGGUUUGGGGAGGGAGGAUUUGAUGAAGAUUUGGAACUUGUCGGAUAUCAAUAAUCGGGGCAAGUUGAACUUGCCGGAAUUCCACGUGGCCAUGGGUUUGAUCUACCGAGCCCUGAACGGCAACGACAUCCCCGAGACGCUGCCUGCCGAGAUGAUCCCCCCCUCUAUGCGGGACAUCGACUCGACGGUCGAUUUCGUCAAAGAUCUCCUCAAGAACGACAACUCCGCCCGGGCUUCUCCGUCUAUCGACCUCCCCGGCACCUUCUCCGCUCAACGUGGAGGGAAACAGCCUGCCAAGGACGCCAGCGUGUACAAGCACGACGAUAGCCGAGCUACGGGGUACAAGUCCAGCGCGCGUCACCUGGAUCGUAAACAGGUUAGGUACGAAGGAGAGGACAAGGACGAGGAGCUCGGUUCGAUCCGCCGGGACUUGGAAAACUCUAGCAAGGUCCUCGACAGGACCGCUGCCAACUUUGCCGAACGGACCGAGGAAGACGAGCGGCUCGAGCAAGAGCUCGACGAUCUCAAGUACCGGGUCAGGAGGGUCAAGGACGAUAUCGAGUACGUCUCCCGUGGGAAACGUACUGACGACAAGGACGAAGAGAGGCGCAAGUUGGAGCGAGAGCUUCUGCACCUCAUGCACGAGCGUUUGCCCGAGGUCGAGAAGAAGAUCGAGGAGCGCGAGGACAGGAAGCGACAAGAGGCCAGGGAUGGGAUCAGGGCGAGGGAUAAGCGGAACGAGACGUACGGGAGGUAUAGGGAUAGGGAUUAUGAUCGGGAGAGGGAUUACGAGCGAAGGGAUCGAUUCGACGAUGACCGUUACCGCAGGGGGAGCCGGGAUAACAGCCGUGAAAGGCGAGGCAGUCGGGGUGAAUACGAUUCGUACUCGUCUCGAAGACCCAUCUCGCCCCCGCCUCGAGACAGGACCCCUCCAGCGACCCCGGCCGCUCCCAGAGACGCCGUUCACUCGCCUCCUCCCGCUCCUCCGGCACCUACCAGCGCUCGUGCCGCCGUCCCCUCGACCAAGAGCAUGACCCCUGAAGAACGUACCGCCUUUAUCCGCCAACAAGCUCAAGAACGUCUCGCUGCCCGUAUGCGAGCCUUGGGGAUGGCCGCCCCGGAGGAUACGCCUUCGAGUUCGGUCGACCAGAGCGUCGAGGAUCGUCUGGCUAGGGAGAAGAAGGAGGCCGAGGAAAAGGCUAAGCAGGCGGAGAAGCAGCAAGAGGAACGAGAGGCCGCGAGGAAGGCCAGGUUGCAACAGGCCGGUGGAGGUGCGCCUGAACCUCCCGCUGCACCUUCGUCUGUACCGACGCCUCCGACACCGCUCAAGAGCGCUAUGAAGAAGGCUCCUGCGCCUCCCCCACCCAAGCCUCGAGCUGCGCCUAGCUCGUCGGCCGUUCCCAAGGCCGCACCUCCCGCUCCCGCUCCGCCCAAGGAGGAUCCUGCUGAUGCUGAGCUUCGAGCUCAGGAGCAGGCUCAUCAGAAGGCCAUGGAAGAGCGACGUGCCAGGCUCAAGCGGAUGCAAGAGGAAGAAGAAGAGGCUCAGCGAGCGGAGGAGGCCAUCAUGCAGCGUCGUCAGGCUCAACAAAAGGCUGAGACGCCGGUGGCUUCGCCUCCAGCUGUCAUGAGCCCUCCUGUUACGCAGACUGCAAGCAGCACAAACCCCUUCCAUCGUCUAGGUGGCGGUGCAUCGGCCGCGGUGUCAUCUCCUUCACCUGCCGCUCCCGCUGCUCCUAACGGCGGUGGAGGUGGGUUCAACCCGUUCUUCAGACCACCUGCUACCCAAAAGCCGGUCGAGACGCCCAAGUCGGCUUCUCCUGCUCCGGUCGAGGAUGAGAGCGCGCCUCCCCCUCCUCCACCUCCAGCACCCGCUCCGCCCGCUUUUACGCCCCAGAGUAGCUCGCCCGCACCCUUCUCCCAACCUCAGGCUCGCAAGGCCCCGGUCCACGACGACGAGGAAUGGGAUGUCAUCGACGAAAAGGACAACGACAGCGAUAGUAGCGAUGACGAUGAUUACGCCGGUAGCCGCAAGCAGCGCGAGGCUAUCGCUCGAUCGCUCUUCGGUGGUGCAGGUUCGCGAGACACGUCGAAGCCCUCGUCUCCCGCUCCCGUCGCCAACAAGGCCGCCUUGUCUAAGCUCGGUGGUGGUGAUCCUGCUGAUCGAGGUGGUCUCCUCUCGGCCAUCAAGAUGGGUGCAGGUCUGCGCAAAGCGGUCACCAAUGACCGAUCCGCAUCAGCCAUUUCUGGCAAGGUCGUCGGUGACGCUGCACCUCCCCCUCAUAUCAGCUUGACGCCCCAAGAGCCGGUAGCUCGCUCCAUGCCCGUGGAAGACGACUCUGACCGUCAGCAAAAGGCAAACCACCGGCAGUCUGUCGACUGGUACUCGGGUCUUGCGGCUGAUGCCGGUCCUCAGGCUGUCGCUGAGCCCAGCCCAAUGCCUUCGGUAGCUGAAGAUGAGGAACCGCCCAUGGAACAACCCGCACAAAACACCUCGAAGGGAGACGACGAUGACGAGCUCGCCGAGUUUGACAUGGCCACCACCAUCCGUGUCCGAUCCGUCUUCCCUUACGAGGGCCAGCGUGAUGUUGACCUUUCCUUCAAGGAGAACAUGGUCCUGAUGGCUCACCCCGCCAAGGAUUCGAGCAGUCCAUGGUGGUAUGGUAUGCUCCUGCAGGAGGGCAAAUCGGGUUGGUUCCCGAAUAACUACGUCGAGGAAAUCAAGCCCCGUCAAGCCCAAGCGUCCUUCCCGUAUAUGGGCAACUCGGACGAGGAGCUACCGUUCGCUGAGGGCGACAAGUUGACCGUCGUAGACACUUCGGAUAACGACUGGUGGAAGGUCGAAAAGGACGGCAUGAUAUUCAUUGCGCCUGCUGCGUACCUGGAGCUACUGAGUUAG